AUGUGUGCAGGGGUGCGGGUGGGGGGUGAUGAAGCUGGCAGCAUGGGAGGAAUCGUGUUAGGGCUGACCUGUCUGCCUUUGUUCAUGCAGGGAGAUCUGGGAGGACCCCCUGAGAAAAUGACGUUUGAGCAGAGAUCUGGGCCCUGGGCGCGGAGCGGGUUCAGCGAGCCGCAGUGGGACCGGCUGCAGCAGAUACUUCGGGUGUACCGCCGGAGCUUCACCAGGGACGUGCGAGAAUUCGUCAAGAUGCUGCGGCUGGACUAUCCCUUUGAGAUCCAGCUGUCUGCUGGAUGCGAGCUGUGCCCCGGGAACACCUCGGAAAGCUUCUUCCAUGUGGCAUUUCAAGGAAAAGAGAUCAUGAGUUUCCAAGGAACUCAUUGGGUGCCAGCCCCCGAUGCCCCCUCUUGGGCAGGCAGGGCCACCAAAGAGCUCAAUCAGGACCAGGGGACCAGAAAGACCCUUCAGUGGUUCUUAAAUGACACCUGCCCGCAGUUUGUCAGAGGCCUCCUGGAGGCAGGGAAGUCGGAGCUGGAGAAGCAAGUGAAGCCCGAGGCCUGGCUGGCCACUGGCCCCCAUCCCGGUCCCGGCCGUCUGCUGCUGGUGUGUCACGUCUCUGGCUUCCACCCGAAGCCCGUGUGGGUGAUGUGGAUGCGGGGUGAGCAGGAGCAACAGGGCACCCAGCGAGACGACGUCCUGCCCCAUGCUGAUGGGACGUGGUAUCUCCGAGUGACCCUGGAUGUGGAGGCCCGGGAGGCGGCCAGUCUGUCCUGCCGAGUGAGACACAGCAGUCUGGGAGGCCAGGACAUCAUCCUCCACUGGGAGGGGAGCCACUCCUCCACGUGGCUGAUCCCGGUGGCCAUACUGGGGUCCCUCCUGAUGAGUGGAUGCGUUGGAUGCUUAGUCCUCUGGUGCAGGAAGCGCGGCUCCUAUCAAGGCAUCCUGUGACUGUGGUCGCUGCACCUGUCUUUCUGGGACUCAGGACCCCAACUGCCCAGGUUGUCAGCUCAGCAGCUGAGGUUGAAAGGAGAGGUGCCUUGAAGAAGCAGAGAACACAGGGCAGCUCUCAUUACAUCCUUUAAACAUUUUAUCUAAGAUGACUGAAGUUCUUUUUCUGUAUACUGCAAGUUUAUAAACUCCUAUGGUUCUAUAAAAAUAGACGUGCAAAUGUCCAGGGACAGGCAGAUACAGGCUGGGGUGUAAUGUCGUGUGUGGUCACCGUGUGGAUGGUAUGAUCUGCAGUGAGCUGGGAAGUGCUUGCUCCUGGGGAAGCAGGUCCAGCUGUUGCCAACAGUAGAGGAAGAACUACCAACAAAAUGAAGGAGUUUCUAAAAAUAGGACCCUGGCUUGGCUGUGGCCUACAUUUUUCAAGAGAAGCAGACGCCUGGAUUUUCGUGUGAGCCUGCCUGAUAUAGGAAUGUGCACUGAAGCUUUUACAAAAUGUUUGGGACACCCCAGAUACAUCUCUGUUUCUUGAUGGCAAUGUGGGGGCUUCUUGGAUAAAAGUUUGGCCUAAAUGACAAAUUGGUAGUUUUAGGGCAGGGUUUCUUUUGUGAAUUUGGAUUUAUAAAGGGGGACAUUUUCUUCUUUAAAAGAAAGUUAAGUUGUAAGGAACAGAUGUUUCUUCAGAUUUUAUUUGGCGUAACUGAUUUAUAAGGAGAAAUCAUAAUGUAUGUCUAUUAGAGAGGAAAAUAGUUACUCUGGGUAGGGGUGUUUCCAGUGACCAGUUGCUUUUUUCACAUCGGAGGAGGACAGUCAUAAGGUGUCUCUGCAAACAGGCCCCCCCCACUUACAGCUCUUAAGUGGGACAAUGCUCGGGAAGGGGUGAAGCCACUUGGGCAGCUGUGGGCUGCGCAGACCAGCACCGGCCGUCUGCCCUGUUCCUAGUUAAUGAUCCUUGAACAUCCAGAAAACAUGGGACUAAACCUUCAGAGAGUCUUUGCUUGAGAAAAUUAAGAUUUGGCCUCACUGGUCGAGCCUCGGGUGUGGGUGAAGAUCUUGCCAGUUCCUGAACCGGUGGUUCCCAACUGUGACGUCCUGACCAGCAGCCUCAGCACCACUGGGAACUGGCACAUAGUCUGGACCCCGUCUCAGACUUCCUAAAUGAGAAAUGGGAGUGGGGUCCCGUGUGACCUGUCUGGAGUUUCAGCCGCUGUGCUUUGGGUCAUGCUGUGCUACAGAUUCCUCAGAAUGGUAAGUGAAAAUAAUGGCCUGGGUUAUUCAGGGAAGGCUUUCUGGAAGGGGCAUCUGACCCAGGACUUGCACAGGUAGUGAGGAAACCAGUGCACUGGGUCCGGACACCAGAGUUCUGGCCUCGGAGUCAGUGUCCUCCUGCGUCUAGUGGAACCAGGCAGCAGAUCCUCAGUCCGGCAUGAACCUGCUGGUGCCUCGGUCUUGGAUGGCCUCCAGACCCGUGAACUGGGAGUGAUGCAUUUCCAUUGCUCUUCAGCCACUCCUUGGACGGCGUUUUGUCAACGCAGCCUGCACGGCCUGAGACGAUGAUCUCACAGAGGGUAGGGAGCACAUGUGUGCCUGUGUGUGGUUGUCUGCAAUGCCUUCAAACCAUGGGCCUCUUACUGUCUUUGGCGUCUCCCCCCCUCACCCCCCAAGCCAUGCUGUUCAGCUUAGCUUCCUCCAGCAGCAUCCGGGCUAUGAACCCGACCCGACAGGCUGUGUUCCUAGGGCGAGAGUGGUAAACGCCCUUCUGAAAUUGUUUUGGAAAUGCUUCAGCAUGGACUUACAGAAACUCUGGUUUUUUUUUAAAGAAAUUGAUUUAUUUUGGAAAUAAA